GGAGGGUGUGCGCGCUGUGCGCGAUGCCGUAAACGCCAUCGCCUCGUGUGAUGACGCGUGCAAGAAAUCAAGCGUUCUUCGUGCACUAUGCGUCGCCGGUGACGAGGCAGCGACGCACGAGGAUGUCUUCACAGCUACUGGAGGCGUGGCGAUUCCGGAUUUAAGCGAGCUCAAAGAUAUGGAGGCUGCUUUCGAUUGGAACGCUGCGAAGACGAAUGGGCGGAUCGAACCAGCGCGUGGCAUCGACGCUGAUUUGGACGCCGCCGAAGAUAAGCUCGCCGCGGCGGACGCUCAACUAGCGGCCUGGUUGGAGGAAGCACGCGUCCAGCUCGGAGGACACAAGACAGAGGUGUGCUUUGUGAACGCAAACAAAGACACGCACCUCGUCGAGGUUCCGGAUCGGUUAGCUGCAAAAGUCCCGCACAACUGGGUGCGAGAGGGUAAGCGUAAGGGUUUCGAGCGAUUCACGUGUGGAGAACUCGAACCUCUUCGCGCGAAGCGCGCGACGGCACAGGAGGCGCGUGAGGAAGCGCUGUCCGGUGUAUUUCGUCGCGUCGUCGCCAAGUUUUGCGAGAACGCCGGGAAGUGGCAAGCCGCUGCGAGCGUGGGUGCAGUCAUCGACGUUUUAUCUUCCUUGGCCGUCGCCAGUGACGAGAUGUACGCGUCUUGCAGCGCCGUGUGCACGCCCAAGGUGCAUCCAGCGCCUGCGCAAAGCGAAUCGGCCACGCUCGUGUCCAAAAACCUCUCUCAUCCCUGUGCCCUGUCGUUGGCGCGUUCGUUCGUCCCGAACGACGCUCGGCUGGGAGGGGAACACCCUGGGUUUUGCCUAAUCACCGGUCCGAACAUGGGUGGAAAGUCGACGUACAUUAGGCAGGUGUGUUUGGCUGCCAUCAUGGCUCACGUCGGCGCGGAUGUGCCAGCUUCUAAAUUCGAGAUGACCGCCAUGGAUGCGGUCUUCGUGAGAAUGGGUGCGAAGGAUAACCUCGCCGGCGGUCAGUCGACGUUCAUGGUGGAACUCAGCGAAACGGCGGCGAUGUUGCGUCGAGCGACGACGAACUCGCUCGUCGCGUUGGACGAACUCGGACGCGGGACGGCGACCGCGGAUGGCACCGCCAUGCGUUGUUACCUCUUUGUCGCGGACGAGCGCUGA